ACAACACACGGUUCGAUUACUCGAACCUCCCCCGGCAGGGGAUUGCCUCCCCCACCAAAAAUAACAUUAGCAAAUCCGUUCCUGGCACCUUGUGUACCGGUAUUGUCGUACAAUACACAAGCCAUGCCGCUCUUUAUAAAAACCUUCACAAGCAAUUCCAAGGGACCAAGCCAGCCUGCAAUGGUUGCCAACAUCCCAUCUUACCACCCUGUAUGUCUCCCCUUAACCCCCCCCCCCCAUCCGCACCCUCCCUAAGUCCAGUCACCUCCCCCUCUAGUCUCAAAAUGUUCCUCAUACCGCUGCUACUCCUCCUGACCCCGACCAUCCUAGCACAAACCACAUCCUCGAAGCGCGGCCUUGUGCAUAUCCCCUCAAGCGAUCACCCCGAGGAUGACAGCAUAUGGAUAACCCCACCUACCACCCUAACAUGGUAUUAUAACUAUGGCUCCCAUCCCGCAUCGUCACUCUCUUCGAGCAACCUCUCGUUCGUGCCGAUGCUGUGGGGAGACCAGAACAAUACUUUUGUUGACGACGUCCGCGGACAGAAGGACGUGAAGUGGAUUCUCGGCUUCAAUGAGCCGGAUAUGGGGAGCAAUGUGGGCGGGAGCAACAUCAGGCCGGGGAGAGCAGCGGAAUUGUGGAAGAGGGAUAUAGAGCCCUUGAAAGGGGAUGGGAAGGAAUUGGGGGCUCCUAGCGUUAGUGGAAGUCCGGACGGGAUGAGGUGGUUGAAAGAGUUUGUCCCUCUCUAACCCGCAUUAGAUGGACUGGCAGCUAAUUAGGGAUGGGAGGGCGAUUAAAGAUUUUUCAAAGAAUGCCGUGGAUGCUCAGUGGAUUUCAUCCCGAUACACUGGUACGGGAAUUUCGAGGGGCUCGCAUCUCACGUUGGUGAAGUUCGCGCAGCAUUCCCGAACAAGACAAUAUGGGUUACCGAGUUUGGGUGGGCGGAUCAACCACUGUUUGUGCCCUUCCUCCUUCCCCUGCCCGAGCCACCCGAUCACAAUUAAUUGUUCUCGUGAUAGUGCCCCUACUCAGAAUUUCUUCAACACUUCCCUCGAGUAUCUUGAUCGCCUAGACUACGUUACUCACUACAGCUGGUUCGGAAGCUUCAGGAGUGAUGUUAGUAAUGUAGGGCCUAACGGGGCGAUGCUUAAUAGCGACGGGGAGCUUACGGAUAUUGGGGCUUGGUACCUGGGGCGCCAGGGAGAGGGGAUAAAACCCGACAGUAAUUCUGCGGCGAGGAACGGAAGGGGAGAUUGGGCGCUCUGGGUGGCGGUUUACUUCAUAAUCGCUGUUUGGGCUCUUUAGACGGAAUAGUUCGCAUUAGUCUAUAUAUAACGCUACUAGAAGAAUAACAACUAAUUCAGCGGAGAGGCGAGGAUGUUUGGGUUGC